AUGGAAUGCAAUAAAGAUGAGGCCACCCGAGCCAAAGGGAUUGCAGAGGAGAAGAUGGAGAACAAUGACUUUGAAGGGGCAAGAAAGAUUGCUUUGAAAGCACGAAAUCUUUACCCUGAACUUGAUAAUAUAGCGCAGAUGCUGGCCAUCUGUGAUGUUCAUUGUGCAGCUAAAAAUAGGAUUUUGGGAUCUGAAAAGGACUGGUAUGAAAUCCUUGGGGUUGGAAAGUUGGCUGAUGAAUUGACCAUCAAGAAACAAUACCGACGACUUGCACUUGUUCUUCAUCCUGAUAAGAACAGAUUUCCUGGUGCAGAAGCUGCUUUUAAGCUGAUUGGGGAAGCAAAUUUAGUGCUUACGGAUCCAGUGAAGAGGUCUUCAUUCGAAAGUAAGAUUAGAGUUUCAGUUAGAUCAGCUCCAUCAAAUCAACCCCCUCCUGACGUAAUCAUAAAUCCUUCUUUAAAGAAACAAUAUGGAUUUCAAAACAAAUUUCCAAAAUGUUAUGCUGAUAAAUUCAGUGGUCUGAAUCAUCAUCAAGCAACGGGGUUCAAUUCAACUGUUGGACAGGGAAUGAUCUGGACUAGUUGCCCUUUUUGCACUAUUAAAUUCCCGUGCCAGAAAGAAAAUGUGAACAGAUCUUUGCAGUGCCCUUACUGCAUAAAACCCUUUAUUGCUUAUGAUAUAGGUGUGCAAGGCAUUUCCUUAGGAUCUAAAUGCAGUCAGCCUGGUCCUCAACAUGUAUUUUCAAAAUUUGAGAUCCCUAAUCAGGGUGCCCCUAAGAUGGGUGUGCAAAAUAGCACCAGAUUCCCAGCUCCUGGUGCAGGAUCUCAGGGGAAUGCUAGUAGUAAAAACCUUGGAUCAGAAUCAGGAAUCCGGACCAACAGCAAUGCCAAAGUCAGUGGGGAUGUGAAAAUGAAAGAAAACGUGACCUGGAAUGCCUAUUCCAUGAGAGGUGGAAUGCCCAAUGGUAAUGUGAUGACUAGAGAAUCAGAUCUGAAAAACAAAAACAGAAAGAGGGGAAGGAAAAGCGUAGUGGAAUCUAGUGAGAGUUGUGAUACAUCAAGUAGUGUCGACACAGAAGAUGUGGUUGUUGAGGAAAAUUUUGGAGAUCCUGCUAAAAUGGGUGGUUCUGGACUUAAUGGUAAUCACUUUGUACGAAGAUCAACUCGGCAAAGACAACAUAUCUCAUACAAUGAAAUUGAUGAUGACAACAAUGACAUUGCCAUCCUUCCAAAGAGAUCGCAGAGUGUUAAAGAAGAGCAAGAGGAUUCUCUAGAUACUGAAGAUUUGAAGAGUGGCAAUGCAAAUGGUUUUUGUACUGAUGCAGAUAAUGCAAGAACUGAAGUACUAGAUGAUUCUCAAUCAGAUUCAGAUGCUCAAUUUAUUGAGUGUCCUGAUGCAGAAUUUAAUGAUUUUGACAAGGCUAAAGAGGAAAGCUGUUUUUCUGUUGAUCAAAUGUGGGCUUGUUUUGAUACAUUAGAUGGCAUGCCAAGGUUCUAUGCGCUGGUCAAAAAAGUAGUUAGUCCUGGAUUUAAAUUGCAAGUUACCUGGUUAGAAGCUGAUCCGGAAGAUGAAGCUGAGAAGAAUUGGGCUAGAAAGGAGUUACCUGUUGGUUGUGGCAGAUUCAAGCGUGAGAAGAGUCAAUACACUUCAGAUCGUCUUACAUUCUCUCAUCAAGUGCUUUAUGAGAAGGGUAAGAAGAAAGGUUCUUUAGUCAUAUAUCCUAGGAAAGGGGAGAUUUGGGCUCUUUUCAAGGACUGGGAUAUAAGAUGGAGUUGCAACAGAAAGAAUUUUAAACAUUUCAAAUAUGAAAUUGUGGAGGUUCUUACUGAUUUUGUUGCAGUUGCUGGUGUAAAGGUUGCUUACUUAGAUAAAGUUAGUGAAUUUGUUAGCCUAUUUCAGCGAACGGACAGAAGUGAUAAUGAUUCAUUUUUUAUAAGGCCCCAUGAACUGUUUAGGUUCUCUCAUCAAAUUCCUUUUUUUAGAAUGACUGGUUCUGAAAGAAAUGGAGUUCCAGUAGAUUCUUUUGAACUUGAUCCCAGUUCCCUACCUCUCAAUCCUGAUGAUUUGUGGUAUCCUGGUAAGGGCAAGGCAGGCAUUCAACGGAAACAUGGAUGGUGA